CUCCUCACCCCUCCCCCUCCCCGGCGGGAGUCGCGGAGCUGCGGGUCUGACCCAGGUUGAAAGGGCCCCAGGUUCCGUGGGGAAUCCGUGCGGGAACGACGCCUAAGCCCAGCAAACGAGCUGGGCGGUGGCGUGCGGCGUGCGGCGCCGUUAAGGGCGCUGCCGCGCGCGCUCUCAGGCCGCCCCGAGUCCUGGGGGGACUUCGAAGGAGGAUCCGCGCCUGGGGCCAGAGAACGGGGCAGACGGGGGCACUGCCGGAGGCCGAGCCGACGCAGUGUCUCCAGUCGUAGGUUGGUGCCUGGGGUCGGGGACCGAGGUUUGGGCGCUGCCUGCCUGAGCGGAGAUCCGGGUUUGCCUCCGCCCCCGCUCAGGACCCUGACGCGGGUGAGGCGGCCCCGGGAGCAUGAGCGGGCAGCGCGUGGACGUCAAGGUGGUGAUGCUGGGCAAGGAGUACGUGGGCAAGACGAGCCUGGUGGAACGAUACGUGCACGACCGCUUCCUGGUGGGGCCCUAUCAGAACACCAUCGGGGCCGCCUUCGUGGCCAAGGUGAUGUCCGUUGGAGACCGGACGGUGACUUUAGGUAUUUGGGACACAGCAGGCUCUGAGCGCUACGAGGCGAUGAGCCGAAUCUACUACCGGGGUGCCAAGGCUGCCAUCGUCUGCUAUGACCUGACGGACAGCAGCAGCUUUGAGCGGGCAAAGUUCUGGGUGAAGGAACUGCGCAACCUAGAGGAGGGCUGUCAGAUCUACCUGUGCGGCACCAAGAGUGAUCUGCUGGAGGAGGACAGGCGGCGUCGACGUGUGGACUUCCACGACGUCCAGGACUAUGCAGACAAUAUCAAAGCUCAGCUCUUUGAAACAUCCAGCAAGACAGGCCAGAGUGUGGACGAGCUCUUCCAGAAAGUGGCAGAGGAUUACGUCAGUGUGGCUGCCUUCCAGGUGAUGACAGGGGAAGCUGCCAGGACCAGACUUCCUUCCUGCCAUUCUGUUCUCAUGAUGUGACCUGGGAGUCCAGCUCCAGUAAGUAGAUGCUGCUGAGCCUGGAAAAGGAUCGCUGAUGCACUUCGUGCCCUGACUGUAGUGUGGGGUAGAGAAUGUGAAGAUAAAAUAAUUAUUUCCAUCAAUGCUAAAGAUGCAGAUUUGGUAGUUUUUCAUUAGAGGAUCAACACAGUGAUUUAAAUCACCUCAAACUCAGUAACUUCAGGGGGAAGCAGACAUUUAAAAACCUGGGAUGCUUCUGUAGCAAUGACAGCUAUUUUGCUAUUACAAUGGGUUUGCUCCAGGAGAAGCAAAUGAGGCUUUGAAUUCAAAUUUCAACAGUUUUUCUGACUUAACAGGGCUAGGAGACAUAUUGGUUCUUUAGCUACCUAUGGAAGCCAGCCACGGCUUCCCCCUCUGAAACAUUUCCUGAGGACUGGCUUAGAGGCAGACGCUCUUGAGAUCCUGAUUUCCAGGCCCUUGGCCAAAUACCAAAAUACCAUCCUGCACAAAGAUCAGGAGUUUCUAAGAGAAAAGCUUUCCUUUUAACUGCCAAUUCACGCCCUCUGGAAAAAAGGUCUCAGUAAAAGACUCCAGGAGAGUCCCCAAGGGCUGGCAAGGUCACUCCCUCACCACUGUCCUUCAUGCAAGGGUCUCAAUUUCCCAACAGUCCAGUCCUUCUAACUCUGCUUCUAAUUGUAUGGUGACUGCUUUCAUGAUGUUAACAAUCUGGUAUCAGAUGCUGCUAUCAGUGGGCCUGAUAGCUCAAUUUCUAGUUUCCAUUCCACCUAAGAGUCUUUCAGUAACCCUCACAAAAGCCUGGCUGUCCAUCCAUUUAGAUAAAGAACUGCCACCAUCCCCCACCCCAAACCAAGCACAACUCAAAAGUUGUUUUCCCAGGCAAGUCUGGAAGGAAGUUUCCAGUAAAUGGUGGAGAAUGGAAAGAACCAAAACAAAAUCACAAAGUGGCCAAUCAUGGCCCACCUUUCCCUUAACUCCUUGUCCUAGAGCGGCUGUCAAGUCAAUUACCUACCAAAGCCUACUUCAGAGAAGCUAUUUAAGGAUCAAACUUCUCCACUUAAAAUUUUUUUACAUAGCCUGCACAUACCCCGCCCCCCCCCAAAUUCACAGUUUAUUUCAUGAAACAAAGAGCUACGGUAAUUUAACACACAACAUAGUGAAAGGAGAUUCUGACAGUGCAGUGCGAAUAUCUUUUUCUGAUCACCACAACUACUGAUGACAGGAGAGAAAAGGGCACAGGACUGGCACCAAGCAAACCCUACUCAAACAGCCUAAGAGAUUAGGGAAAAGGACCUACUAGCUGCAGUUAUAUACUUAUUAUUCUCACACAUGAUAAAUACUUAAUAUAGUGAACUUUAAUGUUCUGGGUGGAUUUCUUUAAAAAUAUCUUUUCCAUGGUUUAAAAUUUUUUUUAAAAGAAAAUAAGAUGCUUUGUUUUCUCUUCCUUUUGAAUAAAGAGCAUUUCCUCUCUCAUGAUGUGGGAAGAGAGGAUGAAAAGGGGAGAACUAGGCAGGUGGAAUUUACAGAGGAGAUUCCGAGGUCUGAGAUGCAGAGGUAUGCCCCUAAACUUGGGACAGCCCUGCCCAGCCUCGUACCUCUGCCUGAGUUCAAGUGUCUCAUCCCGAGACAGACUUUGGGAAAUAGAUGCAAAUUCUUCUUUUAAUCUUUAUAUAAAGCGCAAAUGCUUCUGUAACUAUUGUUCCCUCCUUAGAAAUGAUAUGGGUAACCUCAAUAGGAACUUAGGAGGAGGAAAUUGG